UUGUUGACUGCAAUGGCAAAAAGUAAAAUUGUGACUACAAAUUGUGUAAACCAUAAACAACAAAUAUUAAAUACCAUUUAAGAAAUAAUUAUAAAUAAUUAAUAAACUAUAUACAAAUUUUAUUGAUUUGAGCAUAUAGCAAUUCUGAGCUCAUGUGCCCUCUAUCGGCAUCUUUAUGAACUAAUACUGUCAAGAUAUUUUGGGGAAUAAAAAACAAAUUUCUCAAGUGCAGAAAAUAUAUUUUUAUUAACUACGUACAAGAAAAAAAGUGCAAUAAAUAAAUUUCUGAAAUCGGAUCAGAAAUAAUUUUAAAGAACAUUUAAAUAUAGUGAAAAUGCAAUGAAAAUAUAAAUAUUUCUAUAAACUAUAAUUGAAAUAUUUUCUUCUAUAAAGUUCAGAAAAAUUUAUGGCACUCCAAACGUACCUGCCACAAAUACAAAGACAAGAAGUAAGAAAAAUCUAAGUGAAAGAUUAAAGGAUAAAAAAAGUGUUUUCUUUCUAAAUAGUUGAAACUUUAUUUUGGUGAGAAGUGAAAUAAUUUGUGUAAAAAGUGUUAAACUAAAAAAGUGUAUCGUUUGUGUUUAUCAAUAAACAAUCAACAGGAACUAAACGGGCUCUUCUAACGCUGCAGCUAACAGAUGAGCCCCAUUACUACAUGUCAAUUGCUGCAGCCGAAAAUGCAGGGCUUGGCCCAUCUGAUUUACCAAACCGUUGGGCAUCAACAUUAUCAACAGCAACAAAAUCAUCAACAAGUACAACUCAAACAGAAAAUAACUUCACAACAAAUAUUACAAAUAAUUUUACAACAAAUUCGACGCUAUCUGCAACAGCUACAACAACGACAAUUUCAGCUCACACAUCGCCACCAACGAAUACAACGCCAGCAACAGAAUUUAGUUCAGCUGCGAUUAACAAUAUUUGCAAGCUGCCGCGUUCAUCGCCGACUGCAGCAACAGCUGCUGUAUCGGUUUCAAACGCUGGGUCAUCAGUGUUAGGGCUGGCACCGGUAGUUCCAACCUCAGCUGGUGUUGUACCCCUCCCCACCACUAUAGGUAGUGUUGGCAGCGCGGGAGGCGGUGGAGGGGCUGCUACAACAUCAUCAAUUAUUGCCAACCAUAGAACCAAUACAACAACAACGGAUUCCAUAAACAGCGUUUCACCAACGGCAGCUGCAAAUGUGCUUUUGGCCAGAUUUUCUGCUUUACAUCAGCACCAUCAACAACAACAGCAACAUAACGUAUUUUUAAACAAUAACCAUUCAUUGCUUAAUAAUAGCAACAAUUUGUUGCCUUUGCAUUUGCAACAUCAUCAACAACAGCACCCUUCAUUGCACAAAGCUGCUACAACAGCUGCCAACAUAGCUGCCGCUUUACAACGUUCUGCCAAUAUGAAUGCGGUGGCAUCACCGAUCUCAACCAAUACAACGACGUCGUCGAAUCGAAAAAUUCGAAGGAAAAACGAUUCCAAAGCUAAUUUGCCUCAAUCUCAAAUAAAUAAAUGCAACAAUGAGAAGCGACGUCGCGAGUUGGAAAACAAUUAUAUCGAGCAACUCUCAGAGUUUUUGCAACUUAAUAAGCGAGGUGAUAUGUCCUCAACGAAACCGGAUAAGGCGGCUAUACUAAAUCAAGUUGUAAAAACGUAUCGUGAUAUUUGUGACAGAGGCCAAAGUCGUGAUAUUUCUUCUUCAUCGUCAACACCAGCAUCGACAGGAACUACAACAUCCCCAUCAACUACAACAUCUUUAUCAACGGCGACCUCGGGCAAUGGUACGAUUACCAAUAAUAACAGUAAUAACCAAAACACCUCAACACGUUGCACUCGUUGUGCUACUGAUAACUGUUCAAUACAUCCGGUUCAACAAGGUGAAGUGUCAUCAACAGAACCACCACUGCCAGAACCAUCAUUGCUAAACGGACAAGUGCCUGAAAUUUCGGCUUAUUUUGAGGCAUUGGAACAUUACAUUUCAUCGGUAGGUUGGGUUCUGCUGCAGGUUAAUUCAGCAGGAAUUAUUGAAUCGUGUACGCAGAAUAUACGAGAACUGAUUGGUUAUGAAAAACAAGAGUUAUAUCGUCAACCAUUGUAUAUGUAUCUAUAUCCAGGAGAUCAUGCCAAAUUAGAUCCUAUAAUAAGUAAUAUGUCGUCAUCUUCUUUGGGUGGAGGCAAUGGCAGCAGUGGAAGUGGUAAUGGAAACAUGCAUGAUGUUAAUUCAGCAUGGGGUCUUGGAGGUGAACCGGAAGAUCAUACUAGUAACUGCAGUAAAGCGGAGCGUAGCAAUUCGACCAAAGUUCGAAUGCUAGUCAAAGACAUACGUUCAUCAACACAAACCUCAGGUUCUUCUACGACCACAAAUAAUGAUAAUAGUAAUUCAAUGGACCAGAAACCAAAAUAUGAAGAAGUUGUUUUAAUGGCUGCUCCAGUUAAAGACGAUGGUGAUUCGACCUCGGUUUUGUGUCUUAUAACAAGGCCCGAAGAUGAAUCACCGCUGGAGAUGAACAUUCAACAGCAUGUUCAACAUCCCACUAUCGAACAAGUAACCUUUAAAUUAGACAUUCAUGGUAAAAUUAUAACAUUGGAUGCAACUACAUUAAGGGAACCCUUUAAAAUGCAUCUAUCGCAAUGGUCGGGUCGGUUGCUACAAGAUUUGUGUCAUCCUCAGGAUUUAUCCGCUCUAAAGACGCAUUUACGUGAUAUACAAGAUUCCACCGCCGGCCUUAAUGCUUUAAAUGCCUCGCAGUCACCCGGAAGUGGAGUAGGUAUUAAUCCACCUAUAUCGAAUGUUACAUCUAAACCAUUUCGUUUGCGUUUGGGAGCACCGGAUGUUUAUGUACAUGUGAAGGCAAAUUCAAGAUUAUUUAUUAAUCAUACACCUGGAGAAAGUGACUUUAUCAUGUCGGUACAAACGUUGUUAAACACAGAAAGUGAUAUGAAUAGUAAUAAUACCGGUAUGAUGUCAGGUAACAGCGGAUUGUUAUCCACAGGGAUGGCUGCGAUGUCUCCCGGAUCUUCUUUGGUAUCCUCGUUAGUUUCUAAUUUAUCUAUGGACUCGUUUGUCAACAACAACUCAGUUUCUUCACCACUGGUUAAUGUCUCAGGUUUAGGGGGAUUGGUUGGUGGCGGAGGUAUGCCUCCACAUACAACUCAGACUACAAAUGUGGGUGGUCCUCUAAUGACAUCGGCAGUUAUUAAUGGUACUGGUGGUGGUGUUGGUGUUCCGGGUGGAGGAGGUCCGGUUACAGUUAAUAACGGCUCUGGUAUAAGCUCACAAAGAGCUGCGUACACAACUGCUGCUACAUCAGGGGUUGCUUCUAAUAAUUCUUCGUUAGUUAAUUCAUUUACAGCUUCUCCUGCUGGCCAUGAAGGUCCAUCAUUUUAUAGUAAUGAAUUUGAUUUAGACUUGCCACAUUCCUCAUUUGAAAUUGAUCCAUCCGUCUCGGCAUGGAAUGAUUCAAGACCAAAUUCCCGAGCUUCAGUGACCACGCCUGUUAGUACACCAAGACCUCCUUCAGCGGGGCAUGGUUUUAGUCCGGCUGUGUGUCCUUCGCCCUCUACUCCUUACCAGUUAUCAUCGCAUUCAGCGGCUAGUUUGCCUUCUCCUCAGUCAAAUGCGAGUCAAACAGGACCUGCCGUAAGCGGUGGGCCUGGACCAUUUGGUUUUGGUUUUCCGGCAUUUGAAAGUAAUAGUGAGAAAGUGGAUAAGGAAAGUUUAAACAAUAAUAACGGCAACAGCAAUAUGCCAAGUGUUAGUGGUGUAAGCAUGACGGGAAAUACAUCAAAUAGUGGAGGUAAUCAAUUAUUGGGCAGCGGAGGUGGGCCCUUAUUACCAACAAAUCAACAACAACAAGCUCAACCCCAACAACAUAAUACAACCCAAAAACCACCUACUGAAUCGGAGCGGUUAAGACACUUACUCACCAAUAAAGCCACAAAUUCUCUACUUGGGACAGAUGGUGAUGAUACUAAGUUUUACAAACAAGAAGAGGACAAGGACAGUUUACAGUCCAAUAUGCCUGGAAUGUUCAAAAUGGGGCAAGGCCCUAUUGGCCAUGGAGGUAUGGGAACUUCGCGCAUGUUUAAUAUACAAAAGUCGAAUUCCAGUAAUCCCAUGCUAUUAUCGUUACUUAAAUCAGAAGAUGAUGAAAAAGGUGGUCCAUCUAUGGGGCGUUCUGGUGAUAUGGUUCGCGUCAAAGAUGAACCACAUGGAUCUCAUAGUGGUGCGCAUAGUAAUCCGAACAAUUUGUCUCCUGAAGAUUUGAGACGCAUUCUUAAACAUCAAGGUGACCCUGCAAUGACACGCAAACGUUCUUUGAAUGACCCUGAUGAUGGUCUUUCUGCCAAAAGAAGCGAUGAUCGCCCCUCGAAAUUAUGUGAAAACAAUAAGAUGUUGGCGCGCCUAUUAAGAAAUCCUCCAAAGAAUAUAAGCAUGAAUAUGCCCACUGGUAUCAAGAUAAUUCCUGAUAAAGUACCAGUUGCCGUUGGUCGUGUUUCCUCAACUUUAAGUGGUCUAAGCGCCGCGUCUUCGUGCAGUAGUAAUGUUAGUAGUGGUCUGUCAUCCAUGGCUAAUAAAAGUUCAGCAAUAACUACAAUGGCGGGGUCUGGUGCUUCGGGUGGUCCCGGACGAGGAAGAGGACAACAUAAGCUUCAACAACAGCAUACUUCAGACGUCUACCUCACUCAACAGCAACAACAACAGCAGCAAGGUUUGGAUCCCAUACCAGGUGGGACAAAUUUACAACGACCACCACAAUCGCACCAGCAAACUCAUGGACAAAUGGAAUUUUCUACUUCAUCAUCAACGGUGGAUCAUCCGUUUGCCACCCCUCCAUUAAACACAACGGCCCCUUCAACAACAUCUACCUCAACAUCAAGUGCAACAACUGGUACCCCACUGGCAGGUUUGGGCGAUGGUGAUACCGAACUUUCCAAAAUACUUGACAGUGUUAUGGACUACGUUUCUGAUGAUCAGUCGUUUGCACCCUCUACCCCAACCGGUUUGACACCUCAACAAAUUAAUGAACGGUUGGCCAUAAGCGAAAUACAAAAAUCUCUCAUGGUAGAAACAUCAGCAUUUAGAAAUGGUCCCAAUGCCAUUAUUAGUUCUCAAACCGCCCAACAAAUGUUACAUCAACAAAUGCAGCAACAACAACAACAUUCACAGCUGCAGCCUCCUGCAUAUCCGGGUAGUGGGAUUCCAGGAGCCGGAGGGAAUACAAAUAGUAUGACUCCACAGCAAUUACAGCAACAACAACAAAUGCAAGUGAUGCGCAUGCAGCAAAUGUUGGAAAACAUGAGAGCAAAUCAAAAUUUCCAAAGACCACCUCCCAAUUAUCCAACAAGGGGUAGAGCACCUGCAAUGAAUGCUGUUGCAACACCUGGUGGAAGUAUGUCUGCAACACAACGAUAUCGCACAUUGGCUCAGCAACAAAUUGUCCAACAGCAAAAGGAACGCUUGUUGCAGCAGCAGCAAAAACAACACAUGUUAGUGCCAGAGAAUGCAACAGCUCGCAACGACCAAUUGUGCUUAAAUCCGAACAUUGGUACUCUGCUCAAUACCGUCGCUCCUAAUGUAACAUUGUCACGCACAAAUAUGCCUCCCGACUCACAACUAAGUCCGAAUUUCGCCCAAACUAUGCUGCAACAACAAUUAAGUCCGGGCCAAAGAAAUGCUAAUUUUAGUCCUCAAUCUAAUACAGGCUAUGGACCACAGUAUUCUCAAAGUGGACAACGUUUAUCACCUCAGCAACAAUUAUCGCAGCAAGCAACUGCACAACAAGCGCAAAUGGCAUUCCAGAAUAGUAACGCCGCCCAAUUAUCACCUAGACAACCGCAUUUCGGCAACCAAGGUCCUAAUACUCCCUCAAAUGCUAACAUACCUUCACCAGGUAUCGCACCCAAUGCAUCGCCACAACAGUGGCCAGCACAGGCUCCAGUAAAUCCACAACAAAGAGCUCAUUCACUGCAACAGCAUAACCCAAUGCUAAGUGCCCAAUUACAGGGAGUAAGUCCUUACAAUGCCCGCCAAUACCAACAACGAGGACGGAAUAUUAAUUCGCCGAGUGGAGCGAUGACGACAGGCCCAGGUGUUACAUCGGGUCCCCAAGGACCGGCAGCUACUGGGUUGCAACGUCAAAAUUCAUUUCAAACUAAUGAUGGUGGUGGAUUUGCAAACACAACACCGAAUUCACCAUCGCCACAGUCUCCAUAUAGUACUGGCAGUGUUUUUCAACAGCAACAAAAUCAGCAGCAGCAAAUGCAACGUAUGCAACGGCAAACAAGUAUGCCGCAAGCUUCGCAACACUUACCAGGAUCUCCACGUUCUUUUGGUACAAAUCACAACCAGAAUCACACUCACAACAAUAAUAACAGUCAUCUGCACCACCAUCACCAACAUCAGCAUUCAAAUCAUCUUCAUCAAAACAAUGGCAGUAGUGGUGGUCAUGAUAACACUGCUGUUGGCAGCACAAGUCCACAUGUCAAUGUAAACGGUUUUACUACAACUUCUAGUAGUAUGAUGUUUUCCAAUUUACAUCAAUCUUCUAAUAAUUCAACAACUUCUACAUCAUCACAACAAUCACCAUUGUCGUCAACACUAUCAUCAUUAACAAAUGAUUUUUAUGGUCGCAUCAUGCAGACCGCUGGUAAUCCCGCCUCUUCAGAUUAUGUUAAACAAGAACUACGAGCUGUUGUAAGUGGUCGAGCUGCUGCAGCUGCAAAUUCGGGUGGAAAUGGUGUUCCAGGAGGCGGAAAUGGUUCGGGAGGAGGUGGAAUACCCAGCGGUUUAAGGGUCGCUACUCCUCAAAGUCCACAUGGACCACAAACUUCUCAGGGACCUAUGUUGGGUACGAAUAGUACGAAUUCUAUGGCCAUGACACAACAGCAGCAACCACAAACAUCAAUAAGUAGUGGCAAUGUUUCCAAUAAUUCAAUAGUUGCAGCAAGUAGCGCUGGAAAUGGCAGUGGAGGUAGUAACAUUAAUAAUGCUUUGUUAAAUACACCACCAGAUCCAACAAUGGGUUUUAGUUUUGAUCCACAGGAUUUUUUUGGUAGCAACUCUGCAAGGUGACCCUAAAAUGUAUUUUUACUCUAAUGUGUCAACAUUUAAUUCCGACAACGCUGACGCGCAUUCAACUUUAACCUAAUACGAUGCAUUCAAAAUCAACUUUAAUACAAACAUCUACGGUAUUAUGCAGAUUAUACAUACAUACAUGUAUGUGUGUGUGUAUUUAUGUCAUAUAUUGUAUAUGCCUGUAUCAACUUCAACAUACUACGUUACAAUAAGGUGCAAUAGUCCGUUUUAAUUUUUUAUUUCCUUUUUAUUUAAUAAUAAUAAUAAUAAAAUUACUAUUCGUAUACAUAUACUCAACACACAAAAACAUAUAAACACAGCGUUAGCAUUUAUUUAAAUUAAAGUACAUAAAUUAAAUUUAGUGAAGUAAAUCAAUUAAUGGCAAAAUAAAAUGUAUAUCUGCAACGCAGUACUCAAAGUUUUGCU